GCGGAGCCGGGGGACAACACGAGGUGCGCGCCGGGAAGGAGAUCCGGGAGAUGCUCCGCUGGGCCAGCGCCUGGAGGCUCCCCCAUAGGGGCCUCGGCCCCUCCAGUCCCAGCUUCUCCAGAGUGCCUGUCGCACCCAGCAGCAGCCAAGGCGGCACCGAGCCGAGGCCGGUGCCGCUUUCCUACAGACUUCUGGACGGGGAGGCAACCCGCCCGCCCCUCGUCUUUCUGCAUGGGCUCUUCGGCUGCAAAACCAACUUCAACUCCAUCGCCAAGGCCCUGGCCCAGCAGACCGGCCGGAGGGUGCUGACAGUGGAUGCUCGGAACCAUGGUGACAGCCCCCACAGCCCAGACAUGAGCUACGAGGCCAUGAGCCAGGAUCUGCAGGACCUCCUGCCCCAGCUGGGCCUAGUGCCCUGCGUCCUCAUUGGCCACAGCAUGGGAGGCAGGACAGCCAUGCUGCUCGCACUUCAGAGGCCAGAGCUGGUGGAGCGCUUGAUUGCCGUGGACAUCAGCCCAGUGGAGAGCCCGUCCAGCUUGAACUUUCCAAACUACGUGGCAGCCAUGAGGGCCAUAGACAUCCCCGAUGAGGCGUCCCUCUCUGGUGCCCGAAAACUGGUGGAUGAGAAGCUCAGCUGUGUUAUCCAGAGCAUAAGUAUGCGGCAGUUCCUGCUCACCAACCUGGUGGAGGUGGACGGGCGCUUUAUGUGGAGGGUGAACUUGGAUGCCUUGGCCCAGCACUUGGACAAGAUCUUGAACUUCCCACCACGACGAGAAACCUACUCUGGGCCAUCCCUCUUCCUCCUGGGUGGAAACUCUCAAUUCGUGCUCGACUGCCCGCAGGACUUCAUGGCUGCAGUCCGAGACUUCCUGGCCUAAGAAAGGCCAGAAGGGGACACAAAACCCCAGGCUUCAAGGCCCUGCGGGCUGCUCCUUGUUUCUGCACAGAAGGACUCAGGUGGGCACUGAGAGGGCACAAGGAUGCGUCGGGGGUGUGUCAGACCUUAAACUUUAAUGAAUAAAGUUACUCUUCCCAAG